AUGGACUCAAAGCCCAGCAGUGAGACAAAGGCUCAUGGUAUGCCGCACAUGUCCCUCAAAGAACUAAUCGAGAGACAUCCGGUCAAUCCACGAGGCGCCGGAUAUCGCAAAUUGUACCUCAUGGCAUCGUUGAUUUUCCUAUGCUCCACAAUGAAUGGAUUCGACAGCAGCCUGAUGGGCUCCAUCAACGCACUUUCCAACUAUACAAAAUACUACAAUCUCCCCGAGGAUGGCAAUGUGAGCACAGGCAUCGUAUUCGCCAUCUUUCAGAUAGGUCAAAUGGCCGGCGCUCUUUUCAUCUGGAUGGCGGACUGGCUUGGUCGACGUGCUCAUAUAUUUAUGGGAUGCCUUGGAGUUUGCGUGGCAACCAUCGUAACGAGCACCGCGCCAACUUUGUCAGUUUUCAUUGCAGGGCGAUUUUUGCUCUCUUUCUUUGCGACCUGCGCGCAUACUGCCUCCCCCUUGCUUCUCGUAGAAUUGGCACCCCCGCAGUAUCGAGGUACCUUGGCGGGAAUGUACAACACUCUAUAUUAUGCCGGAUCGAUCCUGGCUACCUCGGCCGUCUAUGGCGCUCAUUUGCAUCUAAGUCACAUCGGUCAGCUCGACUGGAGAUUACCUCUGUGGCUUCAGAUGGCCUGCCCAGGAAUUGUUUGCCUGGGGAUAUGGUUCUGUCCCGAGUCACCUCGAUGGCUGAUUUCUAAAGACCGACAUGCCCAGGCCGAGGCCUUCAUUGUCGAGUGCCACGCCAACGGCGACGCCGCACAUCCUCUGGUGGCGCUAGAAAUGAGAGAAAUGACAGAAAACCUACAGUCAGAAGGGGUCACCGGCUGGCGCAACAUUAUUGAUCUGUCAGUCCUCGUCAAGUCUCGGUCGCGUCGCUACCGGUUGAUGUUGAAUCUGGCCUUCAGUUGGUUUGGGCAAUUCUCGGGUAACAAUGUGAUAUCUUACUACCUGCCAACCUUAUUGAAGAACGUCGGAAUCACCAAUACAAACACCCAGCUUCUCCUCAAUAUCAUUUACGCGUUGACCGGAUGGAUUGCAGCUACUGCUGGGACCCGCUUCCACGAUAUCGUCGGUCGCCGCAAGAUGUUCCUAGGCUCAACUGGAGGUAUGGUGGUUUGCCUAGCUAUCACAGCCGCCACGACGGCGGUAUUCGUGAAGUCGGCAAAUACAGCGGCUUCUACGGCGGCAAUCGUCUUCAUUUACAUAUUCGGGGUGGUUUUUGCGUUCGCUUUCACUUCUAUGCAACCUAUCUAUCCCGGAGAGGUCAUGUCCAAUGAUAUGCGAGCCAAGGGCAUGGGGACAUUCAAGCUCACGGCCGGUGCGGCGGGCUUCGUGAACACUUUUGCGGCGCCGGUGGCCUUGACGAACAUUGGGUAUUGGUUUUAUGUUUUCUUCGUCUUCUGGGACUGCUUCGAGUUCGCGUUUAUCUAUUUCUUCUUCGUGGAGACGAAAGAUCGCACGCUAGAGGAGCUGGAAGAAGUCUUUCAGGCAAAGAACCCACGGAAAGCGAGCCUGAAAAUUAACAGAACCCGAGGAGAAUCCUGA